GUUCAGUUGAAGUGCACUAUCAUUUGACAGUCGUCCUCCAAGCAUCACAAUGACAAAAAAAAUGAUGGAUGUAUCUAUUUUAAAUCGUCGUCAUUAAUCAUACGCAUCACAUAAGCGAUCGACAAAUCGUCAGCAUGCUGGCCAGGAAAGGUCUCCUUCCAGACGGCUUCCUGCUGACCCGCCUGGCCGAAGACCACAACCAGCCCAACCGCAGCCGCUUUAGGACUCAGAGGGCCCGCUUCAUCACCAAGACGGGCUCGUGUAAUGUGGCUCAUAAGAACAUCAGAGAGCAGGGUCGCUUCCUGCAAGAUGUCUUCACCACCAUGGUGGACCUCAAGUGGCAGCACUCCCUCCUCAUCUUCACGUCGGCAUUCCUCUGCUCCUGGAUGCUCUUUGCUAUGGUCUGGUGGCUCCUCGCCUUUGCGCACGGAGAUCUGCAGCCUCGGAAUCCCGACAGAGAACCGGGGCCCAUUCCCUGCGUCACUGCCAUCAAUUCGUUUACUUCGGCCUUCCUGUUCUCCAUCGAGGUCCAGGUGACCAUCGGUUUUGGUGGCAGGAUGGUGACAGAGGAGUGUCCAGUGGCCAUCAUCAUGCUCAUCAUCCAAAACAUACUGGGCCUGAUCAUCAACGCCGUCAUGCUGGGCUGCGUUUUCAUGAAGACUGCACAGGCCAACCGCCGGGCCGAAACGCUCAUCUUCUCCAGAAACGCCGUCAUCGCCCCACGAAACGGUCGGCCCACACUCAUGUUUCGAGUAGGUGACUUGAGGAAAAGCAUGAUCAUCUCCGCCACCGUUCAGCUGCAGGUCAUCCGGCGGACCGUGACGGCGGAGGGUGAGGUGAUCCCAGUGAGCCAACUGGAUAUUCAAGUGGAGAACCCACUGAGGAGCAACGGCGUCUUCUUGGUGUCACCACUCAUCAUCAGCCACACGUUGGAGAGAGGAAGCCCACUCUACGAACUGUCGGCCCAGUCGUUGACUUCCGCUGACAUCGAGAUCAUCGUUAUCCUGGAAGGCGUAGUGGAGACGACUGGCAUCAGCAUGCAGGCUCGGACCUCAUACAUCCCUGAGGAGAUCCUGUGGGGGAGGCGUUUUGUGUCCAUCGUGAGCGAGGAAGAUGGCCGCUAUUGCGUAGACUACUCCAAGUUCGGCAACACGGUCCCCGUUCGGAUGUCGUCCCUGAGCGCGAAAGAGCUGGACCAGACGCGGGGGAUCCAGGAAGGCACGCCUGACAUGCAGCUGCAGGGCUGGGGGCUGGUCCGAGCCGGGAGGGGCGGCUUCCGCAGGGGGGGGCGUGCCUGCGACGACGCCCCUGCCGCCGCCGCCGCCUCCCAACCCUGGUACGCUCCAUCGGGGACAGAAGUGGAGCAAGUAGGGCAGAAAAAGAGUGUGCAACUUGAAGUGAUCGGACGGCAGACGGAGGAAUGAUAAGCAAUCGCCAAGUAACCUUUGUGCUGACAGGAAGUGAAAGAACAACAACAACAUUAACUUUCCUUGUUUAUUUGUGGUCAUGUGACAUUUUCACAGCCAGCACACAAGGACACUGAGCAGUGAUCCAACCAGUAGUGUGACGGGUGUCGCCACGGUGACGACGUUGCCGGAGUUGCAUAGGUUGCUGGUACAGCAGCGGUACGUGAACUCCGACAUAGCAGGGAACAUCUGGGAGAGGCGGGAAUUGUCACAGUCGGUAUACCUGAUGCAUUGACGGAUGGUCUUCCCUCCUAGAUGUACACACACACACACACACAGUGUUUAGUCCAGAAGAGUCCAAACAGCAACGGUCACAUGACCUACUACCUCUCUCGCUCAGAGACAAGCAGGCAUCCUCGUACGUGCACUCCUGCACGUUGUGACAGCGGCCCGUGUAGUCAGCACACUUGUAACAGCGAAGAGCGUCCCCUAGAGAGACACAUUUGUGCUUAUAUGUAAAACAUAUUCAAAUGCAACAAAUAUGACUCACCUUCACGUAUCAUCAUCGUCACGGUGGCGGCGCACAGCACCAGGACGAGUUGGCUCCAGCGUGACAUGUCGAAUUCCUCCAGCUGGACUGAACUGGGCAACAGCCUGGCAGCACGAUGAGGACCGCUUUGUGGUCCACGCCCAAAAGUCACACAAAGACUCAUUAUGUGGUGUUAUCGAUGUGACCUUUGCCUCGACCCGGCCCUUGGAUACCACGUCAAUGAUGCCACUGUCCGCGCUUAUCUGUGCGGUACUUGUUCAUCAACACACUCGAGGACGGGAAAAAGACUUGUUUUCAACUUGUACACAUCAUCCUUUCUUAUAUUUGUUCACAAAUACGUGUUAGCCAGCGUGCCCCGCAACAUUGCCAACGGACUUUAGUCGCUUUGUGUUGUUAUGGUGCGGGUGUGUGUACCAGGCACCAACAAACAGAGACUCGUUAAUUUAUACCAUCCAGCUGCAUUCAAUAUUAAUAAUGUGCACACUAAGUCAUCUGUGUAUUUCAUUGUUGGAUAUGAAUGUAUUAUAUUCACUGUAUCGGCAACAAAAAUAUUCAAAAAUAUUACUAAAAUGUAAAAGUGGUUAACAUGUUGGCCACACAGUCAGGAGAUCGGGAUCGAUUCUCCAGUUGGGCAUUUCUGUGUCUCUCCCAUCUUUUCUCCGGAUACUCCGGUUUCACAUUCCAAAAACAUGCAUGUUAGGUUAUUUGGCGAUUCUAAAUGGUUGUUUGUUUAUAUAUGUACCUUGCGAUUGAGGAUAAGCGGCAUAGAAAACGAAUGGAUGGAUGUCAAGAGGCGAAGCAUUGGCAUCGAAGCAUCAUUGGCUUCUUAAUUGUCAAUCAGAGCGACUACACACAAUGUGGACACAAGGGGGCAGUGUAAACUAUUGAAAGUCAUACCUAAAUAUGUUACGAGAUAAGUAACAUGUUAGGUGUCGAAAUGAAAAAGGCAAAUGAAAGCAGUGGAUUUGAUUACAGUCCGUACGUACAUGAUCGCUAUUGUAUAUUUUUGGUAUUUGUUAUCCUAAUCGAUCAACCAAUACCAAAUUGACUCAAAGUAACACUAUAUGUGUUUAUUUUUCAUUGCUGCAGCUUCUUCUUUCUUUUGUUCCUGGUCUUUUUCCGCCAUCUAGCGGUGGCAUCCUGUAAUACACGCAGUGCAUGCAAACUUUAAAACACCACAGAAUGUUAGACUGACUUUGUAUUCAUUAAAAUAGGAUAUUCGAUGAAAAAUAUAUGCAUUGUUUAUUUUAAAAAAUGUUUUCAUACAAG